AUGAUGGCAACUCCGGCGCCCAUCCAGGACCGCACCGCCGAGUUCCGCUCGAUCCUGAGCCAGGCGCAGAAGAGACUCGCCUCAUCCAAGGCCAGUGGCCGCCAGAGCCUACAGGCCAACUCGACGACCAGGACGACCUCUGCAGACGUGCCAGCCCCGAGCAGCCGGCCGGCGCGCUCUGAGUUUGCCAGACGGGCUGCAGAGAUCGGGCGUGGGAUCGCAUCGACGACGGGGAAACUCCAGCGGCUGGCACAGCAACUGACCUAUGUGAUCAAGCAAGAUCUCUCCUCACUAAACUCCCAGAUCGCCUCCCUCCAGUCCCUCACACUCUCACAGCACCCCAAGUCGACACGGAGCAAGGCAGACCAGGAAGGAGAGCACAAUGACAACGUGGUCGUACUGCUGCAGGGGAGGCUGGCGGAUGUGGGAGCCAACUUCAAGGACGUGCUGGAGGUGCGGACGAAGAAUAUCCAGGCCUCUCGAUCGAGAACGGAGAACUUCGUCUCCACCGUUUCAUCAAGAUCGCACGCGCUCGACCCCCAGCGCUCCGACUCCCCGCUCUACAACCAGGCUCGCAGCAGGAGUCCGCAGCCAGGCUACCGCCCAGGCUCAGCGGACCUGCUCACCCUGGAUCCGUCCUCGUCGGGGACGCCCGCCGGAGGAGGAGGCGGCGGCAUGCACUCUGACCAGCAACUACUGAUGAUGGAGGAGGCCCAGCCGGCCAACACCUACAUCCACGCGCGCGGCGAGGCCAUCGAGGCCAUCGAGCGUACCAUCAAUGAACUUGGCGGCAUCUUCGGCCAGCUGGCCACCAUGGUCAGCGAGCAGUCCGAGAUGAUCCAGCGCAUCGACGCCAACACCGAAGACGUCGUCGACAACGUCCAGGGCGCCCAGCGUGAGCUCAUGAAGUACUGGUCGCGUGUCUCUGGCAACCGCUGGCUCAUUGCCAAAAUGUUUGGCGUCCUCAUGAUAUUCUUCCUUCUUUGGGUCCUUAUCUCCGGGUAG